UCGCUGGAAGGGACCCUGAAGGCUAACUUGGGGGACGCAGGCCCCAGCACUGUAGGAGCAGCCCGCAAGGCCCGGAACCUUCGGCCGCCGCCUGCUUUCGCGGCGGGACACGACCGCGGAACCCCUCCUCUGUUGCUAAGGGGCGGCCCGGAAGUGACGCUUUGUUGACAGCACACCAGCAGCCACAGGCUCUCCAAGCGGUCGGAGCAGGAGGGGGGAGGGGCUGGGCCUGCAGCCAGCAGCCGGCGGCCCUCAGCGGCCCGAGGGCAAGGGAACGGCCUGUGUCCGGGCCUCUGGCCGCUGCAUUCCCUCCCUGCUCCGCCCCGCCGACUCGGACCCGGACCCGACCUCCUGUGGCGCUCUGGUAGCGGAUUCCCCAGGGCCGCAGCCUCGGUUUGUCUAAGCGUUGCCCCAGCGACUCCUUGCAGGCCCACUUCGGCCAGGGGUGGGAGGGCCCUCGUCGCCUCCGGCCCAGGUCUGAGGAAGCUGCCUUGAAAAUUGAGCUCUCUCCACAAGGAGAACGACGCUUUUUCGUGCCAGACUGUGGCUCUGCCAAUGAUCUUGUGAGUGUUGGGAAUUCCUAGUUGCCCUUGUGGGCCCUUGUCCUAGAGUGGUCACCUGCCUUCUCCCAGCAUGGCAUCCGACACGCCUGAGUCCCUGAUGUCCCUCUGUACUGACUUCUGUCUCCGGAAUCUCGAUGGCACCCUGGGAUACCUGCUGGACAAGGAGACCCUGCGGCUGCAUCCAGACAUCUUCUUGCCCAGUGAAAUCUGUGACCAGCUGGUCAAUGAGUAUGUGGAGCUGGUCAGUGCUGCCUGCACCUUUGAGCCGCAUGAGACUUUCUUCAGCCUCUUCUCAGACCCCCGCAGCACUCGCCUCACCCGAAUCCACCUCCGAGAGGACCUGGUGCAGGACCAGGACCUGGAGGCCAUUCGAAAGCAGGACCUGGUGGAGCUCUACCUGACCAACUGCGAGAAGCUGUCCGCCAAGAGCCUGCAGACACUGCGGAGCUUCAGCCACAGUCUGGUGUCCUUGAGCCUCUUCGGCUGUGCCAACAUCUUCUAUGAGGAAGACAACCCAGGGGGCUGUGAGGACGAGUGUCUCGUCAACCCUACCUGCCAAGUUCUGGUCAAGGACUUCACCUUCGAAGGCUUCAGCCGCCUGCGCUUCCUCAACCUGGGCCGCAUGAUUGACGGUGUCCCUGUGGAGUCACUGCUCCGGCCACUCAACUCACUGGCUGCCCUGGACCUCUCAGGCAUCCAGACAAGCGACGCUACCUUCCUAACACAGUGGAAGGACAGUCUGAUGUCCCUUGUGCUCUACAACAUGGACCUGUCAGAUGAGCACAUCCGUGUCAUCACCCAGCUGCACAAGCUGCGCCACCUGGACAUCUCCCGAGACCGCCUCUCCAGCUACUACAAGUUCAAGCUGACACGGAAAGUGCUCAGCCUCUUGGUGCAGAAGCUGGGGAACCUGAUGUCCCUGGACAUCUCUGGCCACAUGAUCUUAGAGAACUGCAGCAUCUCCAAGAUGGAUGAGGAAGCAGGGCAGAACAGCACUGACCCUUCCAAGAGCAGCAUCAUGCCUUUCCGGGCUCUGAAGAGGCCACUGCAGUUCCUUGGGCUCUUUGAGACCUCCCUGUGUCGCCUCACACACAUUCCAGCCUACAAAGUGAGCGGUGACAAAAACGAAGAGCAGGUACUGAAUGCCAUCGAGGCCUACACAGAGCACCGACCUGAGAUCACCUCCAGGGCCAUCAACCUGCUAUUUGACAUUGCACGCAUUGAACGCUGCAACCAGCUUCUGCGGGCCUUGAAGCUGGUCAUCACAGCCCUCAAGUGCCACAAGUAUGACAAGAACAUUCAAGUGACCGGCAGUGCUGCCCUCUUCUACCUGACCAACUCUGAGUACCGCGCGGAGCAGAGUGUCAAACUGCGCAGGCAGGUCAUUCAGGUCGUGCUGAACGGCAUGGAGUCCUACCAGGAGGUGACGGUGCAGCGGAACUGCUGUCUGACCCUUUGCAACUUCAGCAUCCCCGAGGAACUGGAGUUCCAGUACCGCCGGGUGAAUGAACUUCUGCUUGGCAUCCUCAGCCCCACCCGGCAGGACGAGUCAAUCCAGCGCAUUGCCGUGCACUUGUGUAAUGCCCUGGUCUGCCAGGUGGACAACGACCACAAGGAGGCGGUGGGCAAGAUGGGCUUCGUGGUGACCAUGUUGAAGCUGAUCCAGAAGAAGCUGCUGGACAAGACGUGUGACCAGGUCAUGGAGUUCUCCUGGAGCGCCCUGUGGAACAUCACAGACGAGACACCCGACAACUGCGAGAUGUUCCUCAACUUCAAUGGCAUGAAACUUUUUCUCGACUGCCUCAAGGAGUUCCCAGAGAAGCAGGAGCUGCACCGGAACAUGCUAGGACUCUUGGGGAAUGUGGCAGAGGUGAAGGAGCUGAGACCUCAGCUGAUGACCUCCCAGUUCAUCAGCGUCUUCAGCAACCUCCUGGAAAGCAAGGCCGACGGCAUUGAGGUUUCUUAUAAUGCCUGUGGUGUCCUGUCCCACAUCAUGUUCGAUGGGCCCGAGGCCUGGGGUGUCUGUGAGCCCCAGAGGGCAGAGGUGGAAGAACGUAUGUGGGCAGCCAUCCAGAGCUGGGACAUCAACUCCCGAAGAAAUAUCAACUACAGGUUUGAGAUGGGAAGGUCCUUUGAGCCGAUUCUCCGCCUGCUUCCUCAGGGCAUCUCUCCAGUCAGUCAGCACUGGGCCACAUGGGCCCUGUACAACCUGGUGUCUGUCUAUCCUGACAAGUACUGCCCCUUGCUGAUCAAAGAAGGUGGGAUGCCCCUGCUGCGGGGCUUGCUCAAGAUGGCCACUGCGCGGCAGGAAACCAAGGAGAUGGCCCGCAAGGUGAUUGAUCACUGCAGUAACUAUAGAGAGGAGAACAUGGACACAUCCAGAUAGAGGCCUCCACCCAUGGCCACACAGCUCGGACCACAGGACGGGAGGAAGCGCUGGAGGCCCAGUGGGCAGGUCCCUUCCGGAGCCUCCCACAGGAGGAAGAGACCUCGAGGACUUUUGCACAGCUGACGCUUUUCCUUAAUGUUAGUGAGAUAUAUAUUAUAUAUAUAUUAUUUUUUUUUGGUUAGGAAGUGUGAAGUUUUGUGUGUAUGACUUCUCCUGAGUCUUUGCAGCUCCUUGCCACUCUUAGCCCGCCUCCAAGCCUUCAUUGCUGCCAUGUUCACUCCUGCCCCAGCCGGCUUGCCUCCAAUGCUGUGAGUGUCCGGUCCUUCCCAGUGAGCUCAGACCCUGGCCUGGUUUCUGUCUGUUGUUGGAGGAGCUGGCCCUUACCAGGCUGCUCAGCAUCCCUGAUACUGCCUGAGGGUGCUGCCCGGGCUCCCAGGUGAUACUGAUAGGGCUUGAGGAUUAAGACCAGCCCUACUGAGUCUCCCAGAAGCCUUGGUGCUCCAGGCUGUGAGCCAUCUGGGGCCAGAGAGUAAGAUGUUGCCAGGCCUCGGGGCCAUGCAGCUCCUAUCCAGAGGACGCUGGAGAAGCAGGGCUAUUGUUUGCCCAUGGCUCUUUGGCUGUGCUGCUACGGAGGCUGCCUCAAGUUUCCGUCAGGCCCCAGGCUUUUGAAGGCUCCAGCACAGAGAUGCUCAGAACUCAGAGGCAAUUCCAUUGCCCCUCUGCCAAACAUGCCCCAGCUCUGGCAGCUGGCACCUUCCAGGACCAGGGUCUUGCUCCUUUUCUGUAGCCCUCAUCUGCCCACAACACCCCAGUGCCCAGGUACUCCCACCAGCAGAGCUGAGCCCCCCCUGCCCAGAAGAUAUGACAAGGCAGCGGGUAGCCCCCUCCAGACCAGCACUGGGACGGUCCUCUGUCCCUCCAGCCUACAGGCUGCCCCUGAGAAGCUGCUCUAUGUGUUACAGGCAUAAUGACCGGCCGCUCUCUAGGCAUCUCGCGCCCCCCGCGCUGGGGCUCAGCGUUGCUUCUUAUUGACUCGGGGGCCAGCCACCGAGGAAGGAGGCCUGUGCUCACAAGGGGCAAAGCUGGCCCUGGAGGCAGCUUUUGGUGUGGCUUUUUCUACCCUUUCUUCCCUGGGCGUGUUCUCUGAUUUUUCUGACCUGGCAUGUCUGCCUCCAGGCAGAGGGGGCCGGCUGUUCACAGAGCUCUGGGAGAGGUGACCGACCUCUCCAAAGGAAACAGUCUCCCCAGCCAGGUUAGAGGGUUCAACAUGGGCUUCCCCACCUUAGCGCCUCCUUCCCACUGGCCCUUCUGACAGCGGCCAGACCAUGAGCAGAGUUCACAGCCCAUCGCUUUACCACCUGGGGUCUGGGGAAAUGUCUGUACUUUGGGGUGUCAAAGAAAUACAUUUUUGUGCAAAGUGCA